AUGGAACCCUCUGAAGAAAACCCCAACAAGCAAAUAACAAUUAUUAAUGAAAAUAAAAUUGUAACAACUGAAAUAAUUAGAACCUCGUCCACCUCCGAAAGUGGGGAAGAGUCUUCGGAUAAAGAUUCUCCUGUAAAAAUUUCACAUUCCGAUGCUGAAGAAAAUAUUGUAGUAGUUAAUAAGGAGGGGGAGAACGUGACUGAUAGUGAAGAGAUAACCGAUGAUAUUAUUAAUAAUACAAUUCAAAUUCCUGUACUUGAAAAUGAAGCUCCCAUUCUUGUAGAUAAUUUACCAGCUGGAGUUUCUGAUGGUAAUAAACAAGAUGAAGCUUCUAAUCUAGAUAUCAACUCUACCGUAGAAGAUAAAGAAGUAGAAAAUAUUGAAACAUUAAGUAACGAUGAAGAAGAGGAAGAAAUCAAAACUAAAUCCAAUGGAAAGGGUAGUGAUAUCAACAGUGAAAACGUUGGAAAUCAUGAUGAGAAUGCCGAUGUACUUCCUGCUACGAUUUAUACCGACCAAGUUGAAUUGCAAAAUCAAUCUGGAGAAGGCUCAGUCAAUAAGGUUCAUCAUGAAAAGGAAGACCAUCUUACUUUAACUCAAACGCAUGUUGGUCAAACCAACAUUUUAACUGAGGAAGGAACUAAUGAUCUUAACGGUGAAGAGAAUCAUAAUAUUGAUCUUGAAGAUAAUGCCAACUCGGACAAUUUAAAAUUGUCCGGAAAUAAUAUCAAACAAACCGGGCAAGUGCCUUUUAAAGAAUACGACGAGCCUAUUAACGAUAAUUUAACAAAUAAAACGCAACCUAAGGAUGAUAAUGGUGCACUUGUACAUAAAGAUGAAUCUGAAACUAGGAAUGCAUCAAAUAAAUUCAUUGAUAAAGAAAAUACUUUACCUGAACAACAAUUUACUGAGUCUGGUAUAUUUGAUUCAGGCAAUCCAUUUAACGACAAUCAUAGUUCUUUAUCGAAACCUCAAGAUGCUAGACCGAGAAAAAUACAAGUUGUAAGACCUGAACGAGGCUCCACUCCCGGUCACUUCACAGGAAAAGGAUCAACAGAAUUAAAACAUUCGAGUUUAGAAUCAAAAAACCCUGUCACGAAUGAAGAAUUUCAAUCACAAAACCAGCUAAUCCAACAAAUCCAGAAGAAAUACAAUGAACAUGACAUUGAUUAUGAUGAUCCACAACCAGAUAACGAUAACAUCACAGGUAGAAGAUCAACAGAAAUAAAAGAUGGUGGUAAUUCGAGUUCAGAUUCGGUUAGUUAUAAUGAAAAUGACGUUGAUUCGCAACGCGACGAUAACGAUAAAAGCACAGGCAGAAUAUCAACAAAAAGAAGGAGCGGUGAUAAUUCGAAUUCAGGAUCAAAAGUAGAAUUCAAAGUAUCAAUUAAUCCAACUCAUAUACAGAAGAGUGAUAAUGAUGACGUAAAUAGCACUGCAGGUAGAAGACCAACAGAAAGAAAAGACGAUGAUAAUUCAGAUUCAGCAUCAAUAAAUCAAGUUAAAUCAGUUACGGAUGAAGAAUUUCAAAAAUUAAUUGAAACACCGAUCAUUUCAACCCGUAACACCAGAUCAACAGAAAGAAAAGGUGAUGAUAAUUCAGAUUCAGCAUCAAAAAAUCCAGUUAAAUCAGUUACGGAUGAAGAAUUUCAAAAAUUAAUUGAAACACCGAUCAUUUCAACACAAACAUUGUCGCAACGCAACGAAAAUACUCAAUCAUCUUCACGGUCCAAUCAUAAUCGAGAUGAUGAAAUUAAUCUAUAUGAAAAUCCUAGUCAAUUUCGUGAAGAUCCUUUGAAACUUAGAGAGGAUAAACGUGAUAAAAAGAGUAAUAUCUAUCAAGACAACUUGAAUUAUAAGAAAGAACCCAAAUCUACUGGGCCCGUUAAAAAAGAUGGUUCACAUUCAGGUGAUAAUAAAGGAUCAGGUAAUGGCGGUCGACUUUACAGUGAUUAUGAUAAUGAUGAUGAAAAUACUCAACCAUCUUCACGAUCCAAUAAUAAUCGAGAUGAUGAAAGUAAUCGAGGAUUUGGAUAUGCGAAUCAAGUUGAAAAUUCUAGGCAAUUUCGUGAAGAUCCUAGAUAUCAAGGGCCACAUGACAACUUGAAUUAUAAGAAAGGACCCAAGUCCACUGAGCCCGUUAAAAAAUAUGGCUCGCAUUCAGGUGAUAAUAAAGGAUCAGGUGAUGUCGGUCGACUUUACAGUAAUGUUCAUAUGCCUGGUGAAUUCGACACAAACAACCAAUUUAAACUGCUUGAAGAAGAUAGCAAUCAAAACCACAGAACCGAUGAUAAGGGGAAAAAAAGUGACUUUUCGUUAACUAACGUUUUAAAUAUUUUAUCGGGUAAUAAUUACAAGGACGAAAGCGAAAUAAAAGUAAUAAAAGUCACUUUCCAUGUCCAUUUACCAAAAGAUGUUGAAAAAUACGGAAAUCCCGUACUUCUUGGUGAUGGAAAAGAAUUGGGAAAUUGGGAUAAACCUAGUGUAAAACUCCGUCAGCCAUUUCCUCAAAAUCCGACAUAUUGGCAAUCUGAACCAAUUACUAUUUCGUUAUCAAAUUUUGAAGAAAGCAAUGAUAUCCAAUAUAAAUUUGCCAUUCAUAUAUCUAAAUCCUAUCUUCGUGGAAGAGAAGAAAGAAUUGUAUUUGAAGGAAUGGGCGAUCGCGACAAUCGCACAUUAGAUAUUGCGAGAAAACACCAAUUCUGUAUAUGGAACAGUAAUUUUGACUUUCGUUUAAUUACUAUAAACGACUUUGCUUUCGUAGAUUAUAUUUAUAAUACAAUCAAAGAUAAUAACCUUAAAGAAAUAGUUAUGGAGUAUCAGCAUUUAUUACAUAGUCACAGUGAUCUUACAAUUCGCGCGUCAAAUCUCAGAUUUAUUGCCGAUCGUAUUGAAGACAGAUCUAGAGAAAAACGGCUUUUCUUAUGCCUUCUCUUAGGAUAUCAUAUUCCAAGACAACAAGGGGUUUACGGACAUUAUGAAUUACCAAAUGCUCUUCAAUCUGGAUUACUGCUUGAUGCACUUGAGAACUAUAAAAGUGGAGUCUUGCCUUCAGACGCCAAAGAUCAAAUGUACACCGCUGUUACAGCUUUAGUCCAGCAUAAUGCUUUUAAGAUGCAGUUUCAUUGGCUCAAAAUUUUUACAAUUGCUGCUGAAGUAGAUCCUAAUUAUACCUUCAUUGAAAAUUUACGGGCUUUAAAGUAUACUAAUGACAAUACUUUAGCAAAAUUUAUUAAAGGAGUUGCAGAUAUUGCUCAUUAUAUUGAUGGCAUUGAUUUUGAAAAUUACGUUAAAAUUGCAAAGGUUCUUUUACAUGAUAAUAGCGCAAUGGACAAACAAAUAUUCAAGUCGUUUAUUGAUCGAGUUCGGGAUAAUGUUUCUCAUGACGAUGCUCAUUCUUUAGAGUCACAUUUUAAGAAACUACACAAACGUUAUCGGGAUGACGUUUCUGUUGUCUUCCGGAGUCACGCUUUAUUUUUACUCGAAAGCCCAGUUAGAAAGUGGACCAAUCAGAAUGUUUUGGCUAUACGAAGACUUCUUCAGAAUGAUGACCUUAACUGGCGUAAUGAUGACAUAAUACUCUCAUUAGAGUUGAUAUCACAAUCCCAUAGUUUGGAAUUAUUAAAUAUAUUUCCGGAACUUUUGGAUGAUUGGUUUCGCAGUGAUUUUUCUGAUACCAAAAAGAAAAAGAUACCAAGCAUUUGCGUAAAUUGGUUUACACUUCUUUUGACCAAGCUUGGGGCAAAUGAGGCAAAUACUUCAAAUGAAAGUAAUUUUAUUUAUGCAGUAUUUGAACGAUUAGAACGCAUGUAUCCUUUGCUUGGUAAAAGGAUCAAUGUUUGGCGAGAUUUGACAGAAAUUGCUAUCGAGAGAGUUAAGGGAUGUUCCGAACUUCGAAUUUAUGCUGCAACAAAAUUUAUGGUGAGAAUAAAACAAGAUGAUGUCAAAAAAUUAUUUUUAGACAUGGUAAAAGAAAUAUUAAAUAAGAACGUUCAACAAAUUAAUGAUCAGUUACUACAUAAAAUAUUUAUAAUUUGCGAUUGCAAAGGAAAAUUUCUUGAAAUUCCGAAUUCGAUUAGUGAAGAUCUUUUGUACCAUAUAAUGACUAGAUUACAAGGUCAAUCGACAGCAUCUAGCCAUUCGGAGUAUUAUUUAAUUACUUUAAAAGCAAUUAGAUUUUGGAAUAUUAUAUUACGCGCUAGUGGAAGUGUCUCAAAACUUAAUGCAAAUUCAUUUGUCAAAAAUACUAAAAUUUCUAUCAACGAACUCGCGGGAUUACUUCUCGAAAAAAUGAUUGAUAUAAAAUUGUUGCAACAAAUUUUAGAAUAUCCUGAUGAUAAAUUAUUUCAACAUUUCGAUGCAGCUGUUGCCAAAAAGAAAACUUUAGGUGAUGUGAUCGUCUCUCGAGAAGAAAUUGCUAAGCUUAGAAAACUUUGUAAGGAUUAUCAACAUCAACUUGAUAUACUUUUCAAAUUUUAUAGUGGAUUUUGUUCGUCAAUUCAAGUAAAAGAUGUAAAUCAUUACAUUUUGGACGUACAACAACAUAUGCAAAAUUCACAUAAGGUUAAGUUGAAACAAGUAUUAACAUCUGAUUACUGGGCUUUCCAUGAGAAAACGUUAGAUAGUGCAAGGCGUUGCUACAAAUAUAACAAUUCCCAAACAUUCAGGAAUAUCUUUGAAGCUUGUCUCCGGGAAGAUUCUGCUGCAACAAGUGUAGAAUAUAUAGCUCAAAAAUUGAUUCCAGCUGUUUUUGACAGAUAUCUCAUCAUGUGUAAACAGCUUAAGGAAUGGGAAAAACUCAAAUGUUCAGAUGCAUCUUUGCUUUGGAAAAACGUUACUAAUGUUAAUGCUGAACUCGAUUUAAUGGAUGGUUAUAAAUCCUAUAAAAGCCAAAGAUUUGUACAAACUCUUGAUCAUCUUUCAAAAAUUCCUCACUGGAUUGAGCGAUUAGAACAAUUAGAAAAGGUGGUAGAAAUUUUCAGAAUACCUCAUAAUGAAGACGAUUGGUUGUCGAAAUCUAUUCGUAUUUUAAAAGAUGACUCUAUGAAGCUUGGUCAAAUAAACAAUUUUUUUGAUUACAUUGAUAGAAACCUUUCCAAUGUUAAUAAUGAUUGUUGGAAAUUAAUAAGAGAAUUAUCAAGUGCUGAUGAUUUUAUGGGUUUCUUAAGGAAGAUUGCCCAACAUGAUAUUAAAAAUUUGAUUAAUGGGGUCGAUGAUCAUUCAGAUGAAAGAUUGAUUCAAGAGGAUACUGUUUCUUCGCUUAUUCAGGUCAAACAAUUUUUAAUUCCUCUUAUGGAUAAAAGUAAAAUGGAAACCAUCGCCGAUUUUCUGGAAGCGUUGCGAGAAGUUAUCAAGAAGAACUCUACUCUAGGAGAAAAGAUUGCAUUAUGUAAUAAUAGCAACAUGGCAUUGCAAAAUAUGUACAACAACAUCUCGAACCGUGGUGAAGUUACAAAGGAAAAAAUUAAGAAUGCUGUAACCAAUGGAGCUUUUACUUUUACACGCGACCCAAAGGACGAUAAAUGUUUAGUCUCCUUAAAAUAUCCUUCUAAAACUAACGUGAUGUAUAAUCUGAAUGAGAUUUUGGAUUUACGUGGACGAGCUCUUUUAAUCGCCAAACCAAAAACUACAGUAAACAAUAUAAUUGAUGAUAAAGAUGCGGAAAUGUCAAAAAAUGUUAUGGAUGAAUUUGUCGCUCAAGUGGAUAUUGCUCAAGAAAUAAUUAACGUAGUAUCUGUGUUAAUCCAAAUGGGACAUUUUGGUUAUAGAAUGUUUGAACAAAAAUUAUAUGGUACAGAAAACAUGAAAGAAUACCUUAAAUUUUUAAAGGAUGAACUGGAAAACUGGCAAAAUAUAGUGGAUCAUGCACAAGAAAGAUGUUAUUAUUUAACAUUCUUUCCUGCUCGUCACAUUUUAGCAUUUUAUGAUUAUUUCACAUCAGAAAAAUUAGAUAAGGAAAAUGAAGAUGAAUGCAAAACAUUGAUUAGAUUUGUUAACAGCAAAGCUCAAUUACCAUCUCGUAAACAAGGAGUUUCACGUGGAUCCAAAGAGUAUCUUUACCUUCUUGGUGAGAUCGGUGACGUAUUAAUAAGAAUUUUCAGAGAUAUUCCAAAACAAUCACGUAAACUCAAAGCUUCUGGACAACGCGUAAUGUCUGACAUCGUUGUAAAGGGUAAAUUAUUCGUUGCUGCUUGCUCGGACAAAGCGCGAGUUCCGAAUAUUAUUAUGUCAUUAUAUGCUAAUCAUGGUUUUUAUCCUGAGCCAUGGCAACUUUUGAUAUGCACUUCUUCAACCACAAUUGAGGAGCUUACAAUCUUCAUUAAAAGAAGUUUCUUUGCUUCAAAAAAUGGAUAUGAAAAUCACUUAUUCUGUAUCGCAAAUUUAGAAUUAUUAGACUUUGAGCUCCAAUAUAAUUUAGUUAAUCAAAUUAGGUCAAUGAGAGAAUCUCAUGAUUAUCUUUUAGCGCUUAUUUGUUGUAGAGAAACCGGAAUGCAUCAUCAUAUUUUAGAUCAAUUCUCUUUAGAUGUCCAUGCAACUAACGGUUUAAACACCGAAACAAUGAGAGGGAUUUAUAGAGAAUUAUGUCAAAAUGUUAUACGUGUUUCAUCUGAUUUAUCUGGACAAGGAAAAACCGAAUGGAUUAAAGAAGCUAGUUUCGCUAAAAAGAAAAUUCCACGUAGCUUUCUAAUAAGCGAUGGUAUGGAGUUUGGCAGGCUUGUACGUCAAUUCAAAGAAUGUAAGCUUCGACCAAUGGAAAGUUUGCAUAUCAAUAUAGUAUCAUCAGAUCAUCCUCAAGAUGUCAAUAUGUUCUUAUUUGAGUUAUUAACUUUGGGCAUAGUUUCUACAAAUGUGGAUAUUGCUUGUCUUCCGUCUUCAGGAACACCGACAAAUAUAUUUAUCGAAAUAGAUUCAAAAGAAAUCAUCUUCCGAACCGAAAAAGCAAUCAAAGACCCGCUACCGACAGAACGUUGUCAGAAUCUUAUUGCGAAAUAUUUCUUUAAUAAAAAUGCCGAGGAUGUUUCUUCAUUUAGAUUCGUUGAAGUAUUUGUUAAUGUUCUUGCGGAUCAAUUAGUUCGACUAUCAUCAAGCCAAUUUUUUACUGCAGAUAAUCUUAAAUUAAUGGUAAAAGAAACUAACAUUAGGUCUUUAAUUGUUGGAACUUUGAUAGAAGUUUCAAAAGAUUUUGCAACUAGAUCUAUUAAAACAAAAGCAGCGCAACUCGAAUCUAUGAAUGACGAUGAAGAUGGAAAUGCUCGCCUUGGAACGAUCGUUCAGUGGGACGAUUCAAAUCAUCUUAUAGUAUUUUUUAAUUCCCAAACUCCAGAUACAAUAUCAGCUUUAUAUCGUGACAGAAAAAAAGUUCAUGAUAAUGUUAAGAUUCUAUUAAAAAGUCAAGUAAUCGGGGAUCAAACAAAGUGGGAAUUAGAUGAUUACAAUACAAUGUCAGCGAAUGCUCUCUUCACGAAAUUAGAAUAUUUAGCACGAAGAUCGACAGAAAAGUUAGAACUUCCAGAAUAUGCUUUAUCCGGUGAUAAUUUAAUAAAGAUGGCUCUAAUUCUUUUGAGAGCGCGUGCCAAUAUUCCGGUUAUUGUUUGUGGUGAAGCGGGAUGUGGCAAGACAAGUUUAAUCGCCUAUUUAGCCAAGAUGGUUGAAGUUCAAUUUCAAGCGCUUAAUCUCCAUGCUGGAAUUAACGAAGAGAUUAUUAUGAUGUUUAUGAAAGAUGCUUUGAAACGUGCAGAAAAAGGCGAGAUUUGGUUAUUCUUUGAUGAAAUCAAUACUUGCAAUCAUAUCGGUUUACUUGCAGAUUUAAUAUCCCAUCGAAUGCUUGAUGGUAAACUUAUACAUCCAAAUAUUCGCUUGUUCUCUGCCUGCAACCCAUACCGUCUUCGUACAAAAACUCAAAGCCAAGCUGGUUUGACAAAUAAGGUUAAAAAAUACGAAGAACAAAGCAGUCUUGUUUAUCAAGUUAAACCACUUCCUGAUCAAAUUUUGGACUAUGUAUGGGACUAUGGUAUUCUAAAACCAGAUGAUGAAUACAAAUACAUCCAAAUUAUGGUCGAAAAAGAAUUAGCAACUUUGGCUCAUCCAGUAUUUUCCGAGCUCUUAUAUGCUUCUCAGAAAUUCAUUCGGAAGGUUGAGGAGCCCUAUAGUGUUAGUUUACGUGAUGUCAAGCGAGCUAUAACGUUGGUGAAAUUCUUUUAUAAAUCUCUUGACAACCGCCCGGUUUAUGUGAAGGGUUAUAAAUAUCCACCAUCUGGAAAUCCGACCGCAAGAACCAGGUCUUAUAUUUUAGCGCUUAGUCUUUGUUACCAUUCUCGACUAUAUGAACAAAAGUUACGUAAACAAUAUCGUCGCGAAAUGGGAGAAAUAUUACAAAAUCACAAAGCUUAUGUGGGAGAGGAUAUGUUUGCUAAAGUUAUUCGUGAAGAGCAGGAAGACUACAUUAGUAGAAUGCAAUGUCCACCUAAUACAGCAAAAAAUGAAGCUUUAUUGGAGAAUGUUUUAGUUAUGAUUGUAUGCAUCUUAACAAGGAUUCCCUUAUUUUUAAUCGGAGCUCCUGGUUCAUCAAAAUCUUUGGCAAUUCGUCUUAUAAGCUCAAAUUUACGUGUCGGCUUGGCUGAAACAAGUCCUUUCAAUCCAUUAAAAGUACUUCACUCUUUGCUCGAACCAAGCUACCCAGCAAAAGGACCCACUGUGUCGGUAGUUGGAAUAUCAAAUUGGCGCUUGGAUAAUAGUAAAAGUAGUCGUGCAUUACUUGUUCAAAGUUACGUGUCACCAAACUUUAAAUGUAUUCUUGUCAUGGAUGAAAAGAAUUUGGCUUCUGCCGAUCCGCCGCUUCUUAAUCGAUUCGAAAAACAGAAAAUGUCGAUUCACGAUUCACUUAAUGAAAAGCAAAAAAUAUUGGUAGAAAAUUUAGGCGAUUGGGUAAGACGUAUGUCAACUUUAACUGGAGUUAAUCAACAGGUGAAUCAAUUACGUAAUAGAUUCACACAAAAAGACCUAUUCGUCGGUUUUGAUAAGGAUGAAACUUUACAAAGUUUAGUAAUCGACAUUACCAAGGAUAAUCCUGAAGUUGAGGAUGAUGAAGACAUUCUAGAAAAGUGUAAGGAAUGUUUAAUAGCAAUAGCGUCUUCUGAUGGAAUCGUGAGAGCCGAACAGUCAGCUUUAGAAUUUGAUGAAGUCGAAAGAUGGAAACGUGUUUAUUUUCAUCAUCAACAUCAUGAUA